AUGGCUGUGACCAGUGUAAGAAGAGACGCGUCAAGCCGGGAGCUGGCAUGUACUUAUUAUAAGACCCCCGCGGCACGCAAGGAGACUACACUAUCGACAAGUCCUGCUCCUUUGCAGUCCGCCAGAUUAGUAGCACCCUCUGAUGCAACACUUCAUGCCAACCAGCCCUUCUCCCGCCAUGGAUCUUCACCUCCAAACCUUGCUUGCCUGCGGGAGCUUGAGCUAAUGCACAAGUUUUCCACGGAGACCUAUCAAAGCCUUUGCAAUGAACCAACAGACCACCACGAAUGGCAGUAUGUUAUCCCUCGCAAAGCUUUGCAGCACGACUUCCUCAUGAGCGGGAUACUAGCGGUUGCAUCGCUCCAUAUCGCGUCGACACUUGAUCCACCAGAAGCACUCUCCUAUAUUGACACAGCUCUGGAGUACCACAAUCUUGCAUUUGCACCUUUUCGCCAUGCAAUUGAUAAUAUUAAUCCAGCCAAUUGUGACGCAGUCCUAACUCACUCGGUCAUUAUAACUGUUAUUGGCAUAACAUUACCACAAUCGGCUGUUGCACGAGAAGAGAGUCAAAGCAUGACCGAAAAUAUUAUUGUCGUUUUCGAGUUGCUGCACGGUGUCAGUAAGAUCUUUACCAUCAGUCGUCCUUGGCUUCAAGGAAAGGUGUUCACUUCCCGGAGAGGCUUCUGGGAAAAUCAGCUUUCCAUACUAGACAGUGAAAUCGAGGCUGCACUGGAUCGAUUAACAGCCUUGAACAAUGACAUGCUUGCUACCGACAAUGCUGAGCAGCAUCACAUUAUCAAAGAUGCAAUAGCCCUUCUACGCCGUUGUUUCUGCAGAUACAACCAUGCCCGAGACGCGGCUUCCAUCCUCGCAUGGGUUGCAACAGUUGAUAAAAAGUUCGUCCAUGCUCUGAGAUGCCGUCAAACUCUCGCACUGCUAGUUCUCAUGCACUGGGGUGCUCUCCUCCAUGAGCUUGAUGGGAAAGUAUGGUGGGCAAAGAAUUCUGGAAAAGCUCUGGUUUCGGAGCUGCUGAAUGCGCUUCGUCCCUGCGACGUGCGGUGGGAAGGGGCAUUGCAGUGGCCACAACGUAAAAUAGGACUUUGA